CUUCUCCAAGCAACACACAAACACUUCACUUUCUCUCUCUAUAUCAUCUUUUUUUUCCCUUUCUCUCUCUAAAAUCUCAUUCAUUCUCCAUAAAUCUUUCUAUAAAACAAAAUCUUGAUUAAAAAGUUUAUUAAUUUCUCAUCCGGGUUUUCAUUCUUUUUUCGUAUACACCAAAAUCUUGAUUCAUUAAAUGGAACAGAGUAUGAAACAGAGUAUUGCCGGCACGGGUGGUUCUGCCACCGGUGGCUGCCGUAUUCCGUCGCAAGAUGAAGUUGAAGUUAUUGGAAUUUUACUGAAUUUACCCAAGAUAAUAUCAGUAUCAGAACUACUCAGUCAAUAUAGUUUUACUUGGGCUAGAAAAAAGAAAAGAUCUGUUUUGGUUUCUAAACAGGAUUUAUCUCUAUCACUUUUUAAUCAGCAGCCAGUUAAUGAAGUAAUUCAAUUUUUACCAGAGAAAGUUACUGCGGCUGAAGCGGAUAAAAGUCCUUCAACGCCACUCUGUUUUUUACCGUCUGUCGGUAAAAACUUGAAGAAAAAGGAAAUUGCUGAUUUAUUGGAGAGAUACAAUAUAAUGCAACAAGAACGAGAGAUUUUGUUAAAGAAAAUAAAAGCCAUGAAAACUCAUCACCAGGAACUUACUGCCCAAAACCUGGAGUUAAAAGCAAAAAGAGAUGAGAUUAUUUAUUCAAGAACAAAAGAAGAUUUUCAGUUAUGGAAUAAUGAUCCUGUACAACAUGUUUAUCAACAAAAUAAAAUGACAAUGUUUGCCCCUCCACAACAACAACAACAAUGUCAACAAUUCAUGUUAGAUCCUAAUCAUGGCAAACUAGCUUGCUCUAGUAACAAUAACAAUGGUACUAGAUUUGGGAUGCUCAAUCAUAUUGAUCCACGUGUCCACAAUAUUCAUGGAGAGGCUUAUGAUUUCAUGUCUCUAUUUCAACCAUUGGAUCAAAGUAAAUGUAUAAUAUCGGAUAAUGAAUUAAAGGCUAGAAAUGCAGCAGCUGCCAGGAAGAGAAGGAUUUUAAGGAUGAAACAUAUCAAGAACAAGAAUUCUUCUUUGUUGUCCAUGAAGAUGUCUAGAGGAGGUUGUAGAUGACAUAUAUAAUGUGUUUUGACUUGUGUUGGUCAACCUUUGUGGGGUUGUUUUGGUAAUUUCAUCUUAAAGAUGUCUUAAAUUACCAGUAUAACUUUUUUGCCUACUCUUAUGGCUCAUAUUUACUUAUCUAGUUGGGUAUUUUAUAUGGAUUUUUGGAGUUCAA